AUGUCGCCCAGGGCUCAAAGGGGAGGGGUCAAGAGCUCUCUCACGCGAAUUGAUAACUUCCUUAAGUCUCUGGAGACUGCUCAAAUCGAUCAUCCCGACAUGCGUAAGCAAUUGAAAGCCAAACUCGAUUUGCUAUACGAAAAUAAAUCCAAACUCCUCAACAUUCACGAGGAAAUCAUUGCCGAAGUAGGAGUGAACGUCGAGGAGGAAGAAUCAGAGCUCGAGAGGCUUCUUUCUCGAAUCGAUGACAUCGACACUGCCAUUAGAUUGCUUUUGUACAAAGACGAACCGUUGGAUAAGGGUGAAAAAGGUUCUACCGGGAAUGAGUCAUUUGAAAGUACAACAGCCAACAAAUUCGACACAUUCUUGGAGAAAUUCUCAAGUGCUUUGGACAAAAUUUCUUCCGGCAAACCCUCAUAUCAUGAAGCUUCUGAUCACAUUAAACUCCAGCCCAUUUCAAUCCCAACUUUCUCGGGUUCCUAUCAGGAAUGGCCUACAUUCAAAGACAUUUUCCUGACCACUAUUGGGGAUUCCAAAAAGUUGCCCGAUGCUCACAAAAUGCAGUAUCUCAUCUCAAGUCUUUCCGGGGAGGCCAAAGAGACAGUGCAACACAUGAAAAUUUGCGACAACAAUUAUCGCGCUGCAUGGUCUCUUCUCUCUGAAAAAUAUGAUGAUCAAUGUGCUCUCAUUAACGACAAUAUUCAGAGAUUUCUAUCCCAGCCCAACAUCAAGGCUUCCUCUGAAGCAUCUGUUCGUCAAUUUCGCACAACCUGUAACUCAAUUCUACACUCUCUCGAUUCAUUGAACGCAAACGGACGGGAUAUUUGGCUUGUUCAUUGGGCUUCAAAGCACCUCGACAGUGAGUCCAUGUCACUUUGGGCUCGCGAAAUCAAGAAUAAGUUGCCAACUUGGGAUCUUUUCGAUAAAUUUCUUGACGAACGUGCAAAGACUCUCGCUAUCUACACACCCCCUGUUGAGAAAUCCACAUCACAGAAAUCCCAGGCCCCACAGAAGUCCAACACGCGUCCCAAACAAAAUGCAACCAAUCUCAUCAAUACUGACAAGGCAGACCCAUGUGCCUGCUGUAAGGGGGAUUCCCACAAGCUGUUCAAAUGUUCCAAAUUUGUCUCCCUCACUCCCGUCGAGAGAUACGAUUUCGUCAAGUUGCACAAGCUCUGUCGAAACUGUCUGGGCAAAAAUCACGGAUCCAAGGACUGCAAAUCCUCCACAUGCAAGAAAUGCAAUACAAAGCAUUCGACCCUGCUACACGAUGCAUUCCCUGCCUCCACUCCACCCGAGAAUCAACAGAACACGCCUCCUGCCCCUCAAGUGCCAAACAACACUCCCAAUCAGACUGUCGCAAUCUCAUCGUCUGUGCUGUCUUCACACACAGGUACAAGAGUCUUUUUGGCCACAGCGGUAGUGGAAAUUCUCGACAAGGAAAACAAGGUUCACCUCUGCAGAGCCAUCCUCGAUUCAGGAGCUCAGCUGAAUCUCAUCACUCAGGAACUCAGUCAGAAGUUGAAGCUUGACAAAUUUGCUGCCCCGAUUGUCAUUAAAGGAGUUACAGGUUCACAAUCGGUUGCGAAAUAUCAGGUGGAAACCGUUGUCAGGUCCCGUGCCACUGACUUCCAUGUCGAUCUCAGAUGUCUAAUCGUCCCCAAGAUCACAGGAGAGCUUCCUAAUUGGACGGUAGACACUCAAUCUAUUCCCAUUCCCAAGAACAUCUUCAUGGCUGAUCCUAAUUGGGAUGUCACUCGCCCUAUUGACCUUCUCAUUGGUGCGGAAGUUUAUGGUGACAUUGUGAAGGAUGAAUCAAUCAAACUUGGGUCAGGUCUCCCACAGCUGAAGAACACAGAUUUUGGGUGGUCUCUCAUAGGGCCACACAAGGCACAAUCUCCAUCAACAGUAGGCCUACUUCACUCCUCAAACCCGUUCGAGUGUUGUCUCACAACAUUUUCCAGCAUUGACGCAUCUCUUCAAAAAUUCUGGAAAGUGGAAGAGGUUUCUGUUAAACCUCCACUAACGCAGGAGCACAACGAGGUUGAGGAACACUUCUCAAAGACCACAUACCGAGACCCAAAUGGCCGAUACGUUCUCCAACUUCCUCUUCGUCCCACAGUGGAAAACCUGGAAGAUAACAAGGAAAACGCUCUCCGUCAAUUUCGCCGUUUGGAAAAACGUCUGAACGCGCACCCUCAACUCAAGGAGGAGUACACCAAGUCCAUUCAUCAAUAUCUCAAGGAUGGUUUCCUGGAACCAGUUCCUAAACAGGAUGUAUCAGAAUUUGUCUAUUACAUGCCUCACCACCCUGUAAUCAAGGAGUCAUCUUCCACAACAAAGGUGCGCAUCGUUCACAAUGCUAGUUCUCGCUCCUCAACGGGACUUAGUCUCAACGAAGUCUUGAAAGUCGGCCCCACAGUUCAGCCUCCGCUAGUUGCCACUCUCACAAACUUUCGAAAGCAUCCCGUUGCGUUCAGUACGGAUAUUCGUCAGAUGUAUCCCCAGUUUCUUCUCAAUCCUAUACACAGGGAUCUGCAGAGAGUUUUUUGGAGGGACUCUCCAUCAGAACCAAUCGUAGAGUACAGGCUCACAGGAGUAUGUUUCGGCGUUGCCUCAUCGCCGUUCCUAGCCACACGUGCCCUCAUGCAAUUGGCCCUUGAUGAACAGAAGAACUAUCCUAAAGCUUCACAAGUGCUUCUCAACAAUGUCUAUGUAGACGACUGUCUAUUCUCAUGUGCAACAAUUGAAGAAGCCCUUGAAGUUCAACGACAACUCAUCGCUAUCACACAAUCAGCUGGCCUCACUCUCUCCAAGUGGUGCUCCAACCGCAAAGAGCUCCUCAAAGUUUGUGGUGACUCUGUUAGCGACUCGGUCGAUCUUCCUGAGCACACCGUGAGCACUCUCGGCAUGAAAUGGAACACUACGAAAGAUAUUUUCCAUUACGAGGGCAGUUUUAAUGAUUCACCAAUUAAGACCAAACGCAAUGCACUCUCCUUUAUUGCGCGACUUUACGAUCCUGAAGGUUUCUUGGGUCCACUCAUUGUCAGAGGGAAGAUACUCGUACAAUCGCUCUGGAAACUGAAGCUUACAUGGGAUGACGAACUUCCACCGUCACUUCUUUCCGAGUGGGAAGCCUACCAUAAUGACCUGAAAGGGAUUUCUGCCAUCACAAUUCCCCGCUGGGCGUCCACCAUUCAGUCACCAACUUCAGAGGAGCUACAUGUCUUUUGCGACGCCAGUCAGGAAGCAUAUGGUGCUGCGCUCUACUAUGUCACGGAAGGACCACAAGGGCGUUCAUCUUUUCUACUUUUCUCAAAGUCAAAGGUGGCCCCCAUUCAGACACUAACAAUUCCCCGACUUGAACUUUUGAGUGCCGAGUUGGGUCUAUGCAUCAUGGAUAAGUUCCGCAACGUGUACAACGUCUCUAACUGCCAUUAUUGGACCGACUCAAUGGUUGUUUUCCAUCAGAUACAAUCCUCAGGGUUGAAAUUCGAAGUGUUCGUUGCCCACCGAAUUGCCAAGAUACAUUCACUCUCCAACAGAGAAAAUUGGCAUCACGUUCCUGGGUCAAUCAAUCCUGCUGACAUCAUCUCGAGGGGGUCCACUGCACAAGAUCUUCGGUCAUCUUCGCUGUGGUGGCACGGCCCAUCAUUUCUCCUCGAAUCCUCGGCCAACUGGCCACAAUGCAACAUCUCAGUUGACGAGCAAUCCGCUCUUCUCGCAUCUAGCCUAGAAGAAGAAGAUCAACCUGAGGAUCUUUCAUUCGAUUUUAUCGCAAAGUUGAUAUCUGAGACUACCGACUACGCAGAAGCAACUCGUGUUCUUGCCAUUACAUUUAGAUUUCUCGCUAUUGCUCGAAAGGCACCUCAUCAAACUGGCCCACUCUCUGUUGCGGAGAUCACCCACGCAGAACGGGCUCUAGUCAAAUGGGACCAGCAGAAUAAACUCUCUCACUUGUUCACGGCAAUUGAAAAGGGAACACUUCACUCUAAUCAAGGGAUGAAAUCAUUCAGAAUGCUCGCUCCAUUCAUCGACAAAGAUGGGCUCAUACGCGUCGGCGGACGCACUUCUCAGUCUUCUGAGGCUUAUGACACUCGAUUUCCCAUUCUGCUCCCAAAGGGGGAACUCUCAAGAAUGAUUGCAUCACACGAACAUCGAAAGCAAUUGCAUCCCGGACCACAGCUACUUCUUGCCACACUUCAACAGCGUCUUUGGCCAUUGGGGGGAAGGAAACUCACCAGGGAUGCAGUCAAAAAUUGUAUUCGAUGUAUUCGUUUCAAACCCCGUCUCGGCGAACAAUUUAUGGGUGAUCUACCUUCGGCACGAGUGAACUUCAAUUCACCUUUUCAUAAUACAGCGGUUGACUAUUGUGGACCAGUUUGGAUCAGACCCAACCUCAAACGCGGAGGCACUCCUCGUAAAGCUUACGUGUGCGUGUUCGUUUGCCUCACCACUAAAGCUGUCCAUCUUGAGCUCGUCAACGACCUGACUUGUGAGGCAUUCAUUGCUGCUCUUCGCAGACUCGUAGGUCGGCGCUCUGCUCCACUGCACAUCUACAGUGACAAUGCUACAAAUUUCACAGCAGCCAACAAGGAACUACAGUCACUCCUAGAAGCUGAGGAUUUCCAAAGGAAACUGACUUCUGAAGCUGCUUCAAUGGGAGUCACCUGGCACUUCCAGCCACCACGGGCUCCACAUCACGGUGGUUUGUGUGAGGCCGGGGUUAAAUCUCUUAAGCAUCACCUCGUUCGCAUCGUGGGUGACAGAUACUUCACCUAUGAGGAGUUUUACACAAUCCUCGUACAAAUUGAAGGCAUCCUAAAUAGCCGCCCACUUACUCCCCUCACCGAUGAUCCAUCAGAGCUCGAACCUCUUACACCAGGACAUUUCCUGACACCUGGAAAGGCACUCACAGAACUACCUAAUCCAGAUCUUCAAGAGCUCCCCAUGAACCGCCUCAAUCGCUGGCAAUUGUGUCAGCACAUGGUACAAGAGUUUUCUCGCCGUUGGAGAACUGAAUACCUCACUCAGCUACAGAAGAGGACAAAAUGGUUCGCCAACCUUCCCAAUCUCAAGGUUGGUGAUCUUGUAAUCAUUCACACUGACAACUCGCCGUCUCAUAGAUGGCCUCUGGCAGUCAUUCAAGAGAUACAUCCCGGCAAGGAUGGAAGAGUGCGUGUUGUCACAGUUCGGACAGCAAAAGGUGUCUACAAGAGGUCGGUCAACAAGCUUUGUCGCCUCCCAACUCCAGAUAACGACGAGAUCGCCUCAAAGACUCAGCAGGAUCCUUCGGACCUGUUCCCGGGGAGUAUGUAA